GAGAACAUGACAAGUACUUCUAGCCCAGCCCUGCUCCAACUACUGAAGCUGAUUUUCAAGGCUACUUAAAAAAAAAAAAAAAUCUGCAGUGAACAUUAAUGGAUUUCUGUUGUGUUUAAAUUCUCUACAGAUUGUAUUGUAAAUAUUUUAUGAAGCCGAGCAUAUGUAUAUAUUUAUAUAUACGUGCAUAUACAUUAGUGGCAUGACCUCUGGAAAUCGCAGCUCUUGCUUUUGAGGACCGAAGCCGAUUUUGCUUGAUAAAGUGGCGCUGUGUAUGGAAGACACUCGUGCAUUUUGUUUUCUAUUGGGACUCUAGAGGGGGGAGAAAAAAUCACCUGGAAAAAUCUGACAGGCGAUUAACUACUGGAACUUGCAAAUUAUGUCUUUGCUGGCUGUUUUACUCGCUGCGUAAAUAUUUUAGAAAGUGUGUGGGAACUUUGCCUCCAGGAACUUUUGUUAAAGCCAAAAACUGAAACUCUCAAAGCAAGACGCAGACGAAGAUAGUCUCCCUCGGCAUUUGGAUUCUUGUCGCCCACUUUUUACUGCACUAAACGGUCAAUUACUAGGAGCGGGGCCUGGGUCUGAGACAGAUCUACUUCAUUAGAACUUUCCUCUUCCCGGACUCAACUUAGUCUUCCCUCAUCCCCGCCCCUGUCCCAGCCCCCUGCAGCAAUAAAGGCCUUGAACUUGUAUGUUGGUCUCCCGGGAGCUGCUGGCUGAGGAUCCUCGCCCCUGUCGCCAUUUGGUAGGAGCUGUUUGCAAGGUCCUAACUCAAUCGGCUUGUUGUGAUGCGUAUCCCCGUAGAUGCCAGCACGAGCCGCCGCUUCACGCCGCCUUCCACCGCGCUGAGCCCCGGCAAGAUGAGCGAGGCGCUGCCGCUGGGCGCCCCGGACGCCGGCGCCGCCCUGGCCGGGAAGCUGAGGAGCGGCGACCGCAGCAUGGUGGAGGUGUUGGCCGACCACCCGGGCGAGCUGGUUCGCACCGACAGCCCCAACUUUCUCUGCUCGGUGCUGCCCACGCAUUGGCGCUGCAACAAGACCCUGCCCAUCGCUUUCAAGGUGGUGGCUCUGGGGGAUGUUCCUGAUGGCACUCUGGUCACUGUGAUGGCUGGCAAUGAUGAAAACUACUCGGCCGAGCUGAGAAAUGCCACCGCGGCCAUGAAGAACCAAGUCGCAAGAUUCAACGACCUCAGGUUUGUCGGGAGGAGUGGAAGAGGGAAAAGCUUCACUCUGACCAUCACUGUCUUCACAAACCCACCGCAAGUCGCCACCUACCACAGAGCAAUCAAAAUCACCGUAGAUGGACCCAGGGAACCUCGAAGACAUCGUCAGAAACUAGAUGAUCAGACCAAGCCGGGGAGCUUGUCCUUUUCCGAGCGGCUCAGUGAACUGGAGCAGCUGCGGCGCACAGCCAUGAGGGUCAGCCCGCACCACCCAGCCCCCACACCCAACCCUCGCGCCUUGAACCAUUCCACUGCCUUUAACCCUCAGCCUCAGAGUCAGAUUCAGGAUACAAGGCAGAUCCAGCCGUCCCCACCGUGGUCCUAUGAUCAGUCUUACCAGUACCUGGGAUCAAUCGCCUCUCCUUCUGUGCACCCAGCAACACCCAUCUCACCAGGACGGGCCAGCGGCAUGACAACACUCUCUGCUGAGCUUUCCAGUCGACUCUCAACAGCUCCUGACCUGACGGCCUUCGGCGACCCGCGCCAGUUCCCCGCGCUGCCCUCCAUCUCGGACCCGCGCAUGCACUACCCCGGCGCCUUCACCUACUCGCCCACGCCCGUCACGUCGGGCAUCGGCAUCGGCAUGUCGGCCAUGAGUUCGGCCACGCGCUACCACACGUACCUGCCGCCGCCCUACCCCGGCUCGUCGCAGACGCAGGGCGGCCCGUUCCAGGCCAGCUCGCCCUCCUACCAUCUGUACUACGGCGCCUCGGCCGGCUCCUACCAGUUCUCCAUGGUGGGCGGCGAGCGCUCGCCGCCGCGCAUCCUGCCGCCCUGCACCAACGCCUCCACGGGCUCGGCCUUGCUCAACCCCAGCCUCCCGAACCAGAGCGACGUGGUGGAGGCCGAGGGCAGUCACAGCAACUCGCCCACCAACAUGGCGCCGGCCGCGCGGCUGGAGGAAGCCGUGUGGCGGCCAUACUGA